UAAUCCAUCGUCCCCACCACUGCUUGCGCACGCACUCGCGGUGCACCACCGCGACCAUACCACGAUUUUAACUUGCGCUUGGCAGCAGGCGACGACAAACUCAUCUGUAUCUCUCGCGUCUCGGACGUUCUAUUUAUUAGAGCGCAAUCAAGCUUAUCGUCUACUUUAGUCACGAAGUUAUGGACCACUAUCCGGAGGUCAAACGACCAUUUCUUGACACAAGAGCUUCAUCUUCCCCGCUUGAUCACGAGUCAGAUAGUGAGUCUAGCCAGGUUUCCGGCUCUGACACGCCCUCUCCGUCUGUCAGAACUUCUGCCCAAUUCCCUUCGUUCACACCCCCGCACGAGGAGAAUGGGAACUCCGAAAGGUCCUCAGGUGUUGAGCCCGAGAGUAGUAAGGAGUGGUAUGAAUUUGACCUUUCGGUCGUACUUGCGCUAGUUUCGCCCAUCGGAAACUGGUUGACUGGAGGAGAUCACGUCAAAAAUGUCCUUCUAAUCCUCCUCUUGAUAUUCUAUCUGCACCAAAUUAUUGAAGUGCCUUGGAGCCUUUAUCAUCUCUCGAGACCCAGACGUCGUUCCCCUGAUUUCCCACCCCGUCAAACGUCUGAGCAAGAUCGCUAUCAUGAAAUUGCUUCGUCAGAGUUACGCAAGCUCGAGAUUUUCUACCUUUUCCUCACUAUUUUGUCGCCGUUACUCGGAGUCGGAAUCCUUCGCAUUGUCAUCAUAUCUGUGGCCGGUCCGGAGACUGUAUCAUGGUUCAGUACCUCCCUCUUCAUCCUCGCCACCGGUAUUCGGCCUUGGAAACACGCGGUAGAACGUCUUCGUCAACGCACGCGAGAUUUGCAUACUGUCGUUCACUACCCCCCGGCCAGCUCACCGGAUACGCUCUCGCAAAUUGAAGCUCUGAUUGCGCGCAUCGCCGAUUUAGAGACUCAGCUGAAAAAUUGCAACGACACCGUGAAAGUUCUCACUGAAGAUGUUUUCGACCACGUGGAGGGAGCCGUCGAGGGGUUAGAGAAAUACAUGCGGAAACAGGAGAGGAAACAUGAUGCUGUCUCCUCGUCACAGGAAUCAAGACUUGCAACGUUGGAACAUAGCAUGCAAGCGUUGCUGGAAAAGAAGGAGAUUUCAAUGCACGGUUCGGCUUUAUCUUAUAAUAUAGGUUCUGCAUUCCACGCAACCUUGGUUGAACCACUUGCACUUGUCUUUCCCGAGUGGGUACGCAGCUCUCACCGAGACAAACACCCACCAUCCCCUCGUUCUUCUCCAAAAAUUGGUCGUCCCCGGACUGCCACUAAGCUUGAGACCAUACCAGAAGGCGCCACCUUUACACCCAAGAGUGCUCGAUACCGCUUUCCCUCCCUCCGUAUUCCGGGUUUAAAAUUUGUCCUGCGCAUCGGCGAUCUUGCAACUUUACCUGUCCGUCGGGUAGUGGCUUAUCUUCUCAUGGGACGCAUCUAUGCGCCUAAUGGACCCACUUCCUCUCUUUAAAAACUUCCUUAUCACGAUUGUUCUAUUAGCAUUGCAUGGACUCAAUCCCACGACUUCUCGCAUUUUAUUCACGCAUUGAUAUUCCGACGAUCCGUUUUUCUUCAUGAUUCUUACAGCACCCAGGAAUAAACGUACUGUACGCUUGUACGUCGAAUUUUGUAUCAAUAUGCAAUUGUAAGCAGACUUUUGUUGUUCCUCCUGUGAAGUUUAGGCUGCUCUAUAAUUUACCACAGACGUCUGUAUUCAUUUUCCCAUUAUUCUAGACCGUUAGCUGUAUAGCUCCCUUCAAACAAAAAUCACACAGUCGUCUAAGCUUCGAGCUUUAGAACAUGCCUUUUUGGGACAUUUGCUUGACGCUUACUGAUUGUGGUCAUCCCCUAUCAUGUGGGUGAUUCUCGGUCAAGCAUGACAUGGCAUGUGUCCUUGUACUUUCUUCGG